GGGGGGGGGGGGGGCACUGUUAGCGCAUCGGCUGCCUGCGAUUCCCCGUUCCUGCUGAUGUGACAAAACUGCAACCGGGCAAUCAGUCCAUUUCAUCUUCUCUCGUGCUCCGUACUCCACGGACUCUAGGCGGACGACGUGGACGACGUGGUGCUUGCCACGGAGCCGCGGCAGCCCUUCCCCGCUAGAGCUCCAGGGCGACCGGCUGUGUUGGUGCGUCGAGCGUGACGUAGAAGCAGGCCCGGGAGACUGCUGCAGAAUCAACCUGCCCCAACAGUGGAGGAGAGAGGGGGACUCCAGCGGUGUGAGCGUCAACGAACAACCCCUGCGAUCAUGUCGGUCUCCGGGAAGGCCGCGGUGCUGCUGCUGCUGGUGGUGGCCGCUGCCGUCCACGUCCACGGCCAGCAGGGUGGCGGCCAGCGCGGCAAGACGGUCAAGAAGCAGCUCAAGAUGGAGCCCGAGCCCGACGAGCCGGAGGUGCAGCUGUCGCUGGGCUGGCUGAACGGCCGCUGGGUGCAGACCCAGAGCGGCAAGAGGGUGGCCGCCUUCACCGCCGUGCCCUUCGCCCAGCCGCCCGUCGGCGAGCUCCGGUUCAAGGCCCCUGUCGCCGUGGAGCCUUGGGACGGCGCGCGGGAGUCGCCGCCGCUGCAGCAGGUGCCGGUGUGCAUGCAGCACGAGGACACCGUCACCACGCAGGGGCUGCCGCGCUCCGAGGACUGCCUCUACCUCAACGUCUUCACGCCCAGCCCCGUCAACGGCAGCAACCUGCCCGUGCUCGUGUGGCUGUACGGCGGGGGCUUCGUGGAGGGCGGCGCGUCUGUGUACGGCCCCGAGUACCUGCUGGACGGCGGCGGCGCCCGGGACUUGGUGCUCGUCACGCUCAACUACCGCGUGGGCGCGCUCGGCUUCCUGAGCACGGGGGACGCGGCCAGCACCGGCAACUGGGGGCUCAAGGACCAGCAGCUGGCGCUGCGCUGGGUCCGGCAACACAUCGCUGCCUUCGGCGGCGACCCCGAGCGCGUCACCCUCAUCGGCCAUUCCGCGGGCGCCGUGAGCACGCACCUGCACCUCAUGGCGUUCUCCAACAGGGGUCUGUUCCAGCGCGCGGUGUCCCUUGCCGGCAGCGCGCUCACCCUGGGACUUCCCCAGACGGCGGGCACGGCGCGGCGCCACGCAGAGAAGCUGGCCACGCUGGUGGGCUGCCCGACGACGGCCUCCGCCGAGAUGGUGGCCUGCCUGCGCGGCAAGUCCGCCGCGGAGCUGGUGGCCCACGAGGCCGACCUCAAGAACGACGGGCUGUGCCCCAUCGUCACCUGGGGCCCUGUCGUCGAGGACUUCGCCGACGCGUCGGACCCGCUGAACCCGCCCUUCCUGGAGCAGCACCCCGUCGACGUGAUGGCCAGCGGCCUGUCCCUGGACGUGCCCUGGGUGGCGGGGCUCAACCUCAACGACGGUGGAUUCUGGGCCGCUGCGAUCAAAGCAUCCAAACAGUUGGAGGCGUUCGACGCCAACCUGGACACUCUGGCACCCGUGUGCUUCGGCUUCAACGAGACGGCCAGCCCGGAGGACCUGCCCGAAGUCAUGCAGGAGAUCCGCGAGUUCUACUUCGGCAGCAACAACAUUUCGCAAGAGAACAUCAACGACCUAGCUAAUCUCUUCACUGACGGCGUCGUGCUCUCGAGCCUGGACGAGGCGAUGCGCCUGCACGCCGCCUACUCCACUGCCCCCGGCUACCUGUACCUGCUGAGCCAUCGCGGCCAGCGCAGCCUCACGGACCUCUACGGUGGGCAGGGUCAGGGCCGCGGCGGCACCAGCGACCUGGGUGUGGUGCACGGCGACGAGCUGCUGCACCUGUUCCCGAUGGCCAGCAUCCUGCCCAAGGGCUCUAGCCAGGACGACCCGGACGACCGCAAGGCCUCAGAGCAGUUCAUCGACCUCCUCGUCAACUUCGCCAGAACCGGGUCCCCGACGCCGCCCGGCGACACGCGGUACCCCUUCCCGUGGAAACCGGCCGAGAACGACGACCUGGAGUUCAUAGAGAUCGGCCAAAAGGGCCGCCUCUUCAAGGGCGCCGGACUCCUCGGGAACCGAGCCCACUUCUGGGCAGCACUACCUCUGUCAGAAAGGAAUGUGAAAAAUAUGCAGGCCUCAAGCUUUUCCAAGGGCCAUGAUGAGUUUUAAUUAUUCAAUAUCAUGACGAUGUAAACUUGUGCCAAGUUUCGACAAAUUUGGGUUGGUAUUUUAUUGAGCCACGUAUUACUCUACUAUCGAUGCCAUUGCACAAUGAGUGACAUUGUGCGUUUUGAAGUUGGCAUGACAUUUACAGACCAUCUGAAACCUGAGUACACCAUGUGAAAUAAAAACUUUAAAACGA